CAUAAAUUCUUUCAUAAAACUAAUUUUGUUGAAUUUUUCACAAAAAGUGCAACUACUAAACAUUCUUAUGAUAGCUUCUUUGUGAAUGUGUCACUGUUCUUGAUUUGCACACGCCUUAUAAUUUAGGCUUUCUUUUGUUUUGGGCUGGCAGCUCCAACUGUUAAAGCUCUUGUCUGAUUAUGUGGAACUCCAUUUUAAUAGGAGCAGCUUCUUUGCUGCAUUUUUAAAAAAUGGUCUUGGAAGCUUCUUAUUUCCGAGAAAUGGAUCUUUGUUGGGGACAAAGGAUUAUUUAUGCUGAAGGAAAAUGUAUUCCCCACUGAAUUAGCUCGUGGGAAGCAUAACAAGCUCAUUAGUAAUGCUCACUUGUACUUUGGCCUUUUGCUGUGGUGGAGAGAAGAGAAAAUGACAUUCAAAAGGACAUUCUGUUGUCUUUUGCCUUCCUGAAAAGAAAAUGUCUUAUAAUAUUAGGUUUUUCAGUAUGGUUUAGCUCAGGUUGAACUUUGGUACUAGAAGAAAUAUUCCUGAAAGGAAAGUGGUAUGUAUAGUUGACACUGUGCAUGAGAAAAGAAAUUUCAGUUCAAUAUAGGUGACUAUGCAGCCUGCAAUUCAAGUAUGGUUUGGAGAAGAUCUGCCUCUAAGUCCACGGAGUCCUCUGACUCCCAGACAUGGACCAGGAUUGGCUAAUGUUUGUCAGUAUGAUGAGUGGAUAGCUGUGAGGCAUGAAGCCACUCUGUUGCCCAUGCAAGAAGAUCUGUCAAUCUGGUUAUCUGGUUUAUUAGGUAUUAAAGUUAAGGCAGAAAAAUUAUUGGAAGAACUUGAUAAUGGAGUACUGUUAUGUCAACUGAUUGAUGUUCUUCAAAACAUGGUGAAAACAUGCAAUUCUGAAGAAUCAGGAAACUUUCCAAUGAGAAAAGUGCCCUGUAAGAAAGAUGCUGCAUCAGGUUCAUUCUUUGCUCGAGACAAUACUGCAAACUUCCUUCACUGGUGUAGGGACAUUGGAAUUGAUGAAACUUACCUCUUUGAAUCUGAAGGUUUAGUUUUGCACAAAGAUCCAAGACAGGUGUAUCUUUGUCUUCUUGAAAUUGGUCGAAUUGUGUCAAGAUAUGGGGUUGAGCCACCAGUGUUAGUAAAACUUGAGAAAGAAAUUGAGUUAGAAGAGACCUUGCUUAAUACUUCAGGGGCUGAAGAUUCCAUCAGCAUUCCAAAAUCAUGCUGUCAGCAUGAAGAGCUACAUGAAGCUGUUAAACAUAUUGCGGAAGACCCUCCUUGUAGUUGUUCUCAUCGAUUUUCUAUUGAGUAUUUAUCUGAAGGACGAUACCGACUAGGGGAUAAAAUACUCUUUAUAAGAAUGCUUCAUGGAAAACAUGUCAUGGUUCGCGUUGGUGGAGGCUGGGAUACUCUUCAAGGAUUUCUGCUGAAAUAUGACCCCUGUCGAAUAUUACAGUUUGCCACACUAGAACAAAAAAUUUUAGCAUUUCAGAAAGGAGUUUCUAAUGAAAGUGUACCUGAUUCUCCUGCCAGAACUCCUCAGCCUCCUGAAAUGAAUCCUUUGUCAGCAGUUGGCAUGUUUCAGAAACAAAAUUCAAAACCCAGCUUCCCAGUUAGUAUUCCAAAAAGCAAAGAAAAACAGGGAUGUCCAUCAGGUGCAUUGCUGCCAGCAUCUUCACUGAAAGGAGGUAAUAUGGGCUCCAUGUCAGUCCAUUCUAAAUUUUCAGAUUCUCCAGCAGCAUCUUCUCAUCCCAAGCUCAGGUCUUCAAAAGGUGUAACAAAGAAACCGCAGGCUCCUUCAAACAAUGUAUCAUCUUCACUUGCUUCAUUAAAUCCAGUAGGUAAAAACACUUCUUCACCAAGAGUUGCACCUUGUAUAUCUAAGUCACUGAGAAAAUGUAUUCCAUCCCCCAGUAUCCCUAAGGCCAAGGUUAUUCCAGCCCAGAAUUCAACAGAUCUGCCUGAGUCCACACUUUUGCCAAAUAAGUGCUCUGGAAAAACUCAACCUAAGUAUGUGAAACAUAAUCAUAUUUCUUCGAGAGAUGAUGCAGUAUUUCACUUAGCUGCACAUUCAAAUUCAUCAAAGUGCCCCAAGCCUAAAGCAAAUAUACCUGUCAGGCCUAAGCCUUCUUUCCAAUCCUCUGCAAAAAUGACAAAACCCAGUUCCAAAACCAUAGCCAUAGGUCCAGGAACACAGUCUCAACCAUCCAAUGGAACCCCACAAGCAAGGUCAGUCCCAGCACAGAAACUUAAAUCGGCCUUGAAUUUAAAUCAGCCAGUUUCUGUGUCCUCAGUUUCUCCUGUGAAAUCUACACAGAAAUUGAAAGAUAAGAAUAUAGUUUCCAUUGCCAAAAAGCAGCCUCAGAAUAAAAGUACAUGCCAGAAGACAAGGCCCAGCCCCUCGAAGUCUCCUAGCCGUACCCCCCUGUCCAUCGUGAGCCUUCCACAGUCUUCUACCAAAACACAAACUGCACCGAAGUCAGCACAGACUGUCGCUAAGGGCCAGCAUUCAACUAAAGGGCCUCCCAAAAUUGGCAAAACCCCAGCUUCAACCAGGAAAUCACCGUCAUCUGUUAAGGACGUGGAUAGUGGAGAUAAAAAAACUACUGCAAAGAAAAAGGAAGAUGAUGACCAUUAUUUUGUCAUGACUGGAAGUAAGAAACCUAGAAAAUAAAUACAUAGUCAUUAUAAGAAAACAGAAAAGGAAGAGUGAAUGUCUUAGCUUCACAUCUUAAAAGAUUUUCCUAUUUGUGUUUGUCCAAAUAGGUGCAGACACUAAGGAUAAGAUAUGGGGGAUGGAGGCUGGGAUGAGGAAAGGGCUCAUCAGAAUUCACAUAUCUGAAUUCACCAUAAGGAACCCUUCUGAAGCAAACAGUUGAAAAAUCACUGCAAAGUUUUUAUUAAUAAUAGACAUGUAUAUGAUUUUCAAUCUAUAGCAUCUUUGUUAACAUCUGCCUUUUACAGGAAAUGUAAAAGUUAUUUAACACUACAAGAAUUUCAACAAUAGUUGCUGUAUUUUUGAAUAUGUAUUAAAUAGGGAGUUUAUAUACUGCUGAUGUUGUCAGUGGUGCACUUACUAUUAGUUACUUGCAUUUUGGUUCAAAAAAAAAAGCAAUGGUUUGGCAUUUGCCCUACAGAAGGCACUUAAUUUAAUUUUCUGAUCAGGAUUGCCUGAUCCAACAAUACUAAGUCAUUGCUGCUGCUAAUUAGGUUGGCAUUACUCUGUGUUAGGUAGAAUUCUUAUUAUUUAAUUUUUUUAAGCUUUCCAAAUCAGAAGGAACUGAUUAUUUUUCGUGGCUUAUAUUUACAUUGGUAAUAUUUUGUUACCAAUAUUUUUGGUAAAAAAAAUUAACUUAUAUAAACAAAUUUUGUAAACAAUUUUUAUAUUAUCUAUAAAAACUUAGACACCUUAUAUUUUAUAUGUUGUGCAAUGUGACCGGGGAAACUGAUACAGUAGCUUUUAGCAUAUUAAAAAUAAUUUUUUAUAAUGUAAUGUCUUGUGAGUGCAGAUCUGACAUUUUCCAUUAAAAUAAUGUGAAACAUCAGAAUUAUGUUGUAACAACUUUAAAACUAAGAUGAUAUUAAAAUAAUUUUAGAGUUACGAUAUGUAAAAAUUAUGAGAUUAUUUUUCUCUAGAUAGCACAAUACCAAUUUUAAUUAAUUUCUUCCAAUUAGGUUAAUUUUCUUUUCUUUCUUUUUUUUUUGAGACGGAGUCUCACUCUGUGGUUCAGGUUGGAGUACAGUGGCACGAUCUUGGCUCACUGCAACCUCUGCCUCCCAGGUUCAAGUGAUUCUCUUGCCUCAGCCUCCUGAGUAGCCACCAAGCCUGAGCUAAUUUUUUUUGUAUUUUUAGUAGAGAUGGGGUUUCACUGUGUUAGCCAGCAGGAUGGUCUUGAUCUCCUGACCUUGUGAUCUGCCUGCCUCUGCCUCCCAAGGUGCUGGUAUUACAGGCAUGAGGCACUGAGACUGGCCCCCAAUUAUGUUAAUUUUCAUUAAUAAAGUUAUGCUGGCUUCAGUUUUCCAAUGGCAAGUAGACAGGAUAUGUUCAAGGUUUUCUGCACUGUAGGCAGACUGUCUCAAGAAGCAUAUCCCAAUCAGGUAAUGCCUACAUAAACUCCAUCAACCUAAGGUGAUACUUGUAAAUAUUUUUAAGGGAUUGUGACUAUUUAAAAAUUAUUAAUAUACUUUGAAAAGUUUUAAGGGUGUUUUUAAUAACCUUACAGUAUUGUCAAUUAUCAUAGGUUAUUCAAUAUUCAGGUUUGUGUUUCUCUGUUUUAAACUGUGUUUUCUAAAGAAAAAAAUAAUAGUUUACACAAAUGUACAAACAUAGAAUAAGCAUUUUAAGCUGGCUACUAAUGUUCUUUAGAUUACAGAGCAAGAAAACUUAAUCUAUAAAGAUAAGUGAUCUUUUUCUUGAAGAGUACAGAUAAAAAUCAAAGAUAGGUGCAGGCUAGUUUUCAGAAUAAUUGAUGCUUCUCUUCUUUAGAGAGACAGUCACCAAAUACUUGGUUUAGCUUGACUAUAUUGACUUGGGUUUUGAGAGAGAUAAUACGUACAUCUUUGGAAAGUGAAGUCAAUGUUCAAGAGGUGCUGGAAGCUUUACUUUUUUAGUGAUCAGAAAUAUUUAGUACAUCUUUCAGACAGGAAGAAUUUUAUCAUGUAUUCCCUUAUAAAACCAAGUAAUACUUCUUUAUCAGUAACUUUUAGAACUUAAAAAAAACAAAAAACAAAAAGUGAAUGCUAUUGUAAGCAACCUAUGAAUCCUAGUAGAUUUUACAAUAUGUAAUUUAUAACCAUGUAAUUUAUAAAUAUGUAAAUUAUGUAAUUUACAGUAUAUCAACACUAAGUUUUGUAUUGAGUGUGAUCAGGAACAAAAGUAUCCCACAGGCAUCUGACACAAAUUCCAGAAUUAAUCAAAGAAUUGCUUAUUUGAGGCUGGGCGCGGUGGCUCAUGCCUGUAAUCCCAGCAGUUUGGGAGGCCAAGGCGGGCAGAUCAUGAGGUCAGGAGUUUGAGACCAGCCUGACCAACAUGGUGAAACCUCGUUGCUACUAAAUAUAGAAAAUCAGCUGGGCAUGGUGGCAGGCCUGGCCAAAAGUUUUGUUUGAAUAAACAAUAUCCAAAAGACAGUUUCUUCAGAUAUAUUUUGAAAUUCUCCUAAAGAGCUAGUGUUUCUAACAAUUUUCAUAAUUUAAAAACAGCUUUUACAUUGUUGAAGUUGGAAGAACUUUCCUCUCUUCCUCAUGACAGUGCAAGAUUUUAAGUUCUUUUUUUGGUUUAAUGUUUAAUGAAAUGAGCAUUAUGCUUAAAUUACUUAAGUACCUGGGAGAAGUAAUGAUGCAUACUUUAAAAAAAUGGAAAAUGCUUUUAUUUUUAUUUGUUAUAGUUUGUUAACAUGACUGAUAUAUAAAAUUAAACUUCAGAACACAAUGAAAUGCCGAUUAUUUUUACACUGUUUGGGCAGAGAGUAGGCCUAUGUCUUCAAAAUGUCUUGAUAAUUUAGAUGACCUUUAACUUUACUGUCCAUAUGGAAUUUGCCAUUCUUUAUGGAUAAGAGAAUUUAAGGAAAAGUUACUGUUCUUUCUUUAGUCUUUUUGUAUCUCUCUGAUUUAAAAUCUGUUACUUUAUUAAAAGCCUUCAACAACAGGUUGUUAUGAUGUAUUCCUUCAUCCAGAUUCACAUAAUGACCCCAUUUGAAUCCAAAUUUGUAUAUAUUCUUUUCUUAUGCCAGCAGUAUUUGUAUUCAAUUUUAACUUAUGUUUUCUUGGGUAUUAAAAUUUAAACAUCUAUA